AUGCCACACAGCGGCUCGAGCCGUGCUGGUUCCCCAGCGCCUGACGACGAACCAUCCAACAAGUCGAGCGCGACGCAGAUCCGGAAGGCCCAGAACAGGAUUGCACAGCGCGAGUUCAGGCUCAGGAAGCAGCAAUAUAUCCGCGACCUUGAGGCCCGCGUCGAGAUCCUCUCGGGUGACAAGGACGAGCGCAUCGAACUCAUGCUUCUUCUCGUCCGCAACCUCCUGCACGAAAACAAGGAACUACGAAACAUGGUCAAGGACAUGUCGCAGUUCUUUGGCGAGGGCCUCGGAUCAUGUCUCCCUCGCCUAGGCCUCACGCCGCAGAUGCUCGACGCGAUCCUCAACCGCGCCGACACUGACACGGCGUACGAGGCGUUCGUCCAGCUCAAGGCGAGCAAGGAGCAGGGCGGCAAGAACGACCCGACGCCCUUCCUCUCCAAGAAGGCGGCGCGAGGGCCGAUGCCUCACUUCCCGCCGGACCCGUCCACUGCGCCCAAACGCAAGCGCCGCGGCAGGAAAGACGAUGACGACGAUGAUGACGACGACGACUAUCCCGUGUUCGACUUUACAGGUGCGGCUGAGGCGAAGAAGGCGAGGGGAGAAAGCUCUGCUACCGGCGCCAGCUGGAGCGGCGGUGCAGCCAUGUCACCACUGAACGGGCUGAGCGAGUUCUUCUCCAAGGGCGGCGAAUGGGACUUUCUCUUCCCCGACCCCACGAACAUGGGCGUCGCGACGCCAGGCCCAGGCCCCUCGACCAUGGCAGGACAUGAUGUGGUUGACACGGGAGGCUUCCCUGUUCGAAUGGGAGGUGGCGGGCCACCCCUGGGCGCGGGCUUGACACAGCGCAGUGCGACCAGCGGUAUCCGCACCGUCUCGACUGGUACGUCGCCAGCGCUAGCCGGCGAGCAACCGCCGCUGCCAAGCGCCUCCGGCACAGGCCGCGGCCCUGGGAGCACGCCGAGCUCUGGUAUCCACGACGUUCACAGCCCCAACACUGAUGUCGAGCAUCAGCGCUCCCUCCGCGCCGCAGUCGCACACCUCACCAACUCGGUGCCAGAAACCGCGUCAAGCCCUCGCAUCGUGACCAACCCGAACAACAUGACGCAGGCACAAGUGGAGGAGCGGCGGAGGUUACAGGAGCAGCUUCGGAAAAGCUUGGAGGGCGAUGAGGAGACGGAACGCAAGACCGAGGCGCUCCAGCUUAUCACGUACCACCUCAACAACUUCCGCAUCAACCACGAGUACAAGCUCCCGCCGUCGCUCAUGCCAACUACAGUGCAGCGGACAAUGCCACACGAGCACGCCAUCGACGGCAUCGUCUUCCCGAGCAUUCGCGACCGCAUGAUCCUGCUACGCGGCAAGUAUGAUCUCGUUGAAGCUUUCCAUGGGUACAUCACCGAGUUUACGCUGCACGGUGAUGACGCGCUGGAUCACCGCAACUGGGAGGCUUCGGAGCGGUGGUUGCAGGACUUUGGCGAACUCGCCGAUGAGGAAGUCUUCGCCAUCACCAACCGUUGGCGCGCACACCGCGGACGCCGACCAGUGCACCCCGCAUCGCCAGACGUCGACGCCAACACCGGCGGGCUGGGUACGGGUGCCAGUCUUGCUGCCGAGUUCCUCGCCAACCAGUAG